AUGGCAGCACACGAUAUCAACGCCCUAACAACCAACAAGGAUGGCGCGACGGCCCUCCUUCUGGCCAUCGAGCAUGGGCACAGCGACUGCGCGCUGCUAUUGUCAUCGCGUAGAGCUGACGUGAACGUGCCCUCCACAGCGAGCCUGGACGCUCCAAUCGCCGCUGUCUGCCCGAUCCUUCAGAUGCUGCCGACACCCGUGACGUGGGACACGACCACAAAUCCUGUCGUGUUGGAGAGGGACAUCCAGAACGUCCCAAGAGCCAAUGCCACAUCCCUCGAGGUGAUGUUGCCGCUCCUCAGCGCUGGCGCGUCCUUUGGUGAAACCUUCCCGAACCGCGUCGUCUUGUGCCGACGUACGUGGGUGGAAAGCGACCACCGCACCACGCUCGAGUCGCAUCAAGUGCUCUGUCAAGUGCAGGCGUUCGAGGCACUCUUGUUCUACGACGUCGUCAACGUCGAGGCCGUGCUCGAGACUUUCGCUCGCGUCAACUUGGUCGUCGACACCCUCCUCACGCACACCGAGCUCGCGCCGACGAUCGCAUCAACGCAAUACUAA